GAAGACGUCAGUUGUUGGAUUAAGGUUUAUUCGUAUUUGUGGUCGGUCACAAUCACGCUCAUAUUCCACAAAAUUCUUCCCAAGUUCUUCAGAUACGAAGACGAAGCUCGGUUAAAAUGGGUGGGACCCAAACGGAGAGAGAAGAGAAAGUGUCUUUGGAGCUGAGUGAAGAAAUUCUUCAGAGUAUGGAAGUAGGAAUGGCCUUCAAAGACUAUAAUGGUAGAAUUAGUUCGAUGGAUUUUCAUAGAGCAUCCAGUUAUCUUGUGACUGCUAGUGAUGAUGAAUCCAUUCGGCUGUAUGAUGUUACUGCUGGAACAUGUUUGAAGACAAUUAACAGCAAGAAGUAUGGGGUUGACCUGGUUUGCUUCACUUCUCAUCCUACAACUGUCAUCUACUCUUCUAAAAAUGGUUGGGAUGAAUCUUUGCGGCUUCUAUCGUUGCACGAUAACAAGUACUUAAGAUAUUUCAAAGGCCAUCAUGACAGGGUUGUCUCGCUUAGCUUGUGCUCUCGGAAAGACUGCUUUAUAUCUGGAUCACUAGAUCGAACUGUUUUACUAUGGGAUCAAAGGGCCGACAAGUGCCAGGGACUUUUACGUGUACAAGGAAGGCCUGCUAUAUCAUAUGAUGAUCAAGGGCUUGUCUUUGCAGUUGCCUUUGGAGGAUACAUUAGAAUGUUUGACGCUCGCAAGUAUGAAAAGGGUCCCUUUGAGAUAUUUUCUGUUGGGGGAGAUACUUCUGAUGCAAAUGUCGUGAAGUUUAGUAAUGAUGGAAGACUCAUGCUUUUAACAACUGCAGAUGGGCAUAUUCAUGUUCUUGACUCAUUUCGUGGCACACUUUUAUCCACAUAUAAUGUCACACCUGUCUCAUCUAACUCCACAUUAGAAGCUUCUUUCAGCCCCGAGGGAAUGUUUGUAAUAUCAGGCUCUGGACAUGGCAGCAUCUAUGCAUGGGGUGUUCGAAGUGGCAAAGAAGUUGCUAGUUGGAGGAGUGCAACUUCUGAUACUGGACCUCCUGUCAUAAAGUGGGCUCCUGGAAGUCUUAUGUUUGCUACUGGAUCUUCUGAGUUGUCAUUUUGGAUUCCUGAUUUGUCAAAAUUGGGAGCUUAUGUUGGAAGAAAGUAGAAACUCUAAAGGUUUUACAUAUGGGCAUAUUCUUGGAGUUAUGGAGUCAACCACUUAAGUCUUUUCUUUGCUGAAAUUGGCGCAGGAGUCCUUGCAUGGAAUUCUUCUGUAUGCCUGUAUUAGCUAUCUCAUGUUGAUUGUGACUCCGUAUAUGAUGCUUUUGAAUUUGUAAAAUAUUUUGGCCAAUUUUGAGGGGGCAUCAUCGGAAAAUUUGUGAUUGCAGAACAGUAGGGGGUUCUCUUUUGCUUUCCUCUGCUGCCAGUACACGUAAAUGGGGUUUCUUGUGUUACGCAGAGAUGUAGAGAAUGGUGGGAUGGGGAUGCUCUCUCUCUCUCUCUCUCGUUCGGUUACCUACAUUCUUUCAUAAGGAAAAUUAAAUAACCUUGCUUGACUAUGCAAGGGAUGUGGAUGCACUGUGUUGCCCUUCUGUUAAAUCUUUCCUCCUGGUGAUCCCUUUUGGACGAGGUCAAAUCUGAAGCGAACUAGCAUGUAUAGGGUAUAGCUGUAACCAAUCAUAGGACUACCACACACAAUUUAGUUGAAAAAGUGGUGCAUGUGCCUUCAGGCUACAAAGCUUAAAAGAUGUUGUAUUAGUAACCAAAAGAGAAGCAUUGUUUAUGGUUUUCUUGGAUAUAUGGAUUCCCUCAACGCUACCGUGACUGAACUGGUACCUCAAACGACAUGGGUCGUCUUGAAUAACAAAACUCUGAAAUUGUGUCAACCGAACAAAGGUAAGCGACUACCCAACCCUCAGAAAUGGGAACUUUAUUAUGUACGUUCAAUUAUAAAGUUCAUGAAGCAACAUUAUUGCGCCCAGAAAGUGAAUUCAGCGCGUGGUUUUUGAAAUGUGGGGUUCGCAAUUUUUGUGCACUGAUGAUAC